GGUUGCUUGCGAAUGGCGAGUACGCUCGACGUCGUUGCCGCGGACCCGGCCCCGUUCCUUCGCUGCGCGUACCGCAGUGCCAAGCGCGAGCUCUCGCGGCGCUUCUACGGCAAGGACUACCUCGUCGAUCGGCGCGCCUUUCUGGCCCACUUGAGCGCGGACGCGCUGGUGCACACGGCGCUCGUGGCCGGCCUCAUGGAGGCGCACCUCGUGCUUGUCCGUGCGAUGACCGACAAGGCCGCGGGGCGAAGUAGUGCGGUUGGCGCCUGCACGUGCGACACCUUUGUGCAACCGUGGCUUGCCAACGUCGGCCGCGCCGUGAGCUACCCGACGAUAACCCGGCUGCUCGAAGACUGGUGCAUCGAACACUUGACGGCACGCACCACCGGCAAGCUUAUCAAGGACAUCUUUCUCUCGUCGUUGCGCAAGUCGGUCCGGCACCAAGGCGAGCGCGCAGCGGUCGCUCGCCUCAUGCUGCCGACAGCCGCACGCGCCGCCCUCCUCCCAGCACUCGCCGUUUUUGUCGUUGAGCAAGGCGUAUUGCAGUGGCAGCUCGCGACGGCGCCCGCGGCCACGUACUGGUCGGCGACGUGGCUGCAGCUACUGCGAUUUGCCGGUGCGGUCGUCGGGUCGGCCGUCGGCGCUGCCAUUGGCACGUACUUCGAGCCCGGCACCGGGACCGUGCUCGGCGCGGGGCUAGGUCAAAUGCUUUUUACCGGCGUCACGGCGUCCGACCGCGUAUUCCUUGGCAGCGCCAGUCUCUUUGCGUCGCGGGACCGUAUGUACAUUGUGUCUGUCGGUGCAGACAACGUCUUGCUCUACUAGUCGUUGCCAAGUGUCCUAGUACUCGUUUCAUAGUGCCGAGGCCACUUGCACGUUGAUACUACCUCUCAAAUGCACUUUUUCUUUCAUAAAAAGCAUGUAUCAGAACUUAGUUUCGGC